GUCAGGUAGCUGGUAAUUUCGUAGUCAAUUAUAGGAAUAGGGAAUGCACUUGGGUUUUGAUAUGGAUCUCCUUUUAUUGUAGUAGCUGUGAUGAAUCCUAGGAUAGUUUAGUAUUUUAGCUAUGAAAGGUUAUUUGUUAUUUUAUUAUUUACAAAUUAGUAGUGAAGUUAGCCAUUCAUAAUCGUGUACACGUAAAUGAACUAAGAUAAAGUUCCUUAUAAUACUUAGUGAGGCGUUAUUUCUUGAUGAAGAUUCCUUAAGAAGCAUCAGUCUUACAAUGGAAUCACUAGGCAAAAGAAAAUGCCCCUACACAACAUUAAAUGAAUCAUUUACAGGUUCCACAUCUUGUAAUAUAAAAGUUAAUGCAAAAAAAACAUGUUUAAAUAAACAUGAAUCAGAAAAUGAAGAAUCCAUGAUUAAAGACUUUACAUCAGAUGUUACACAUUAUGAAAGUUAUCCAAAUUCUAACAUUAAUUCCUUUGAUAACCUCAUUAAUGUAUCUAAAUCAAAAAUGGAAUCAAUGGGAACUUUGAAGUGCACUUAUCAACAAUCAAAUGAACAAUUUAAAGAUAACCCCUCUUGUAAUGUAAAAGCGAUUGUAAAAAAAACAUGUUUGAAUAAUCAAGAAUCUGAAAAUUUACCAUCUACCAGCAGAGAUUUUACAAAAGAAGAAGUCACAAAUACUAAAAGUAAUGAGGUCUUCAAUCCGUAUUCCUUUGGUAGCAAUGAAGAUCUAAGAGUAUUCCAAGUUCUUGAUGAAUGUGAAGGGUCAGAUGUUGAUGAAAACGUAGAAUAUCAUUCAGAAGUAGAAUUUGACAUAAGCGACAAUGAAAUUGAAGCUAUGCUGGAAGAAGGUUUUGAAAAAGGAGUGAAAAAAAUAAAAGACGUACCAGAUGGUAACAGCCAGGGUGAUAACAGUAUAAGGUAUACUGAACAUAAAACAUUAAUAUUAGAAGAACUAGGAUAUAACCAUUUUGAAAUGCUACCAGAAGGUUGGAUCAAAAUCAUUCAUAAAAGUGGGAUGCCAAUUUAUUUGCAUAAAGCAACGAGAGUCUGCACUUUUGGCCGUCCUUACUAUUUAGGGCAAGGAAGUGUUAGGAAACAUAAUGUGCCCCUGAGUGCUAUCCCUUGUUUGCAAUAUCGCCGUGCUCUUGAUGAGGAGGAAACAAGAAAAAAAGAAGGAGAUGCUUUGAAUGUUAAAAAUGAUGGUCCACAAUAUUUGCAUACUGCCAAAAUUGAAACAACAGAAGAGAACAAAUUGUCGCAGAGCCUUGGUGCUUUUACAUUACAACAGUAUUGUAAAAAACUAUUCCGUUUCAAAAAAGAAAAGAGAUUACAUUUUGUUUCAUGGGCUGAUAGACGUAAGUAUGCAAAAGCAAAAAAAAUAGAAAAAGAACAACACAGACCAUCGUUUCCUGAUGGAACCAAACUUAUCAAAUUUCCUAUACAAAAUCCAGAUGAUGGUCCUAAAGCAAAGCCUAGGGGAGAAUGGAUUAUGAAUCCCAAUGGAAAAAGCUAUAUUUGCAUUUUGCAUGAAUAUGUUCAACAUGCACUUAAAAAACAACCAACUUAUGAAUUCAAGGCUUUAGAAAAUCCUUCAACUCCUUACUCAGCUACAGUAAUUAUCAAUGACAUGAGGUAUGGUUAUGGCACAGGAACAAGUAAAAAACAAGCGAAACUUGCUGCUGCGAAAGCUUCAUUGGAAAUAUUAAUCCCAGAAAUGAGAGAAAAAAUAAGAAGUGAUAAUAAAAAUGGGAAAAGGAGUGGAAUAACUAAUUUCCCAGAUGAAGAUGAAACUAGUUUAUCAAUAUUUGAUGAGAUACGGAUAGAAGACCCGAGAGUAGCUGAGUUCUGUGCAAAAACCACUGAGCCUUCUCCUUACGCCAUUUUACUACUUUGUUUACAAAGAAAUUUUGGUCUCAAAGAAAUGCCAAUUGAGUAUAACGUUAAUCCUCUUCAUCGACAGUGUAAUGAAUUUAUUAUGACUGUUGGAAAACACACUGCACGGAUUAUUUGCAAAAAUAAAAGAGAAGGAAAACAGAGGGCUUCUCAAGCUAUUUUGCAGGACCUUCACCCACACAUAACUAGUUGGGGUGCCCUUUUAAGGCUAUAUGGCAACCGUUCUGUGAGAAAUGUUAAAGAAAAGAAACAAGAAGAACAAGAAAUUACAAUGCUACAGAGUAAAGCUUCUCUCAAUUCUCCCAAUUACUCUAUUAUUAACAAAUUGAGGAGUGAAAUGAAUAAGCUUUAUGAGCAGCAAAUGAUGGUAAAACCUAUAGGUUUGUUUAUACCUCCUGCAGGAACUUCGUUACCUAGUUCAGGGACUGAAUUGAAUAAAGUAGAUUUCUAAGUUUUUGUCAAUAACUCACUAAUGUAAUAUAAUUACCUUUCUGUAUAAAGAACUAAUUGUUAUAUAAAUUGCAGAACAUUAAAUUUUGUCAGUUAAGCAUAUUAACUGAAGGAACUGGUAAAAAUAAGUGCCUAAAUGAUAGUUCGAAAAACUGCAUGCAUUGUUUGAAUAUUUAGUUAAUCAGUUCAUACCAUUCUUCUUGAUGAAGGAAAAAAUAGCCAAUCAGCCCACUUCCUGGACUUGUUUGUCCCACCUAAUGGCGGGAAACUAACAUAAAAAUAAAAAACUAAGUAUAGUAUAGACAUGAUAAUCCAUAACCAUACUAUAAGGCAAAAAUGAUUCUUGAAACAGAUAAAAAGUCAUUUAUAUUUGAAUUGCAAAGGAUAAAAUUCUUUGUCAACUGAGUACUUUUCAAAUAAAAAUAAAUAUAACUUUUUAACUGUUCUCUACUACUGUUCUCUGAAGCAAACAAAUGAAAAAAAAAAAUUGAUUGACAUAUUUAAAUUCUAGCUAGAUUUUCUAGAUAACUCUAAAAGGACAUUUUCAACAAAAAAUGUUGUCAUUGCUUGUUUCUGAGAUAAUUCAAUAACUCCAUGGCUAAACUGUUAUGUAUUUUUCAACUGUUUUUUCUUUGGAAAUAGAUAAUAGUAUUUUAAGAGUUUAAAACAGUGGUGUCUGCAUUAUAAAUGAAGGUAUUUGACCUAGGAUAUGCAUCAUAGUUCAGUCAAUAAAUGCUGAAAAGAGGAAUGUAGAGAGAUAUGAAAGGAACACAAUUUUUGACCCCGCCACUUUGUUCAUACUAGUUAUAAGGUAAAUAUACUUAAAGUCUCCACUCCAAGGAGUGGGAAGCAAGUGGAUUCUAGGGUUGAUGGUUUAGUUAACCGUUUAUCUGUAAAUGAGCUUUUGGUAGAAGAUUUGAUAGACAUUUUCUCAAAUAUCAUCAAGAGAUCUGAUAAUUAUAAUCCUUAUCCAAGGUCAGUAUAUAAAAGUAAAAAUCCAUGGUUUGAUAAGGAUUGUUUCCAUGCUAGAAGGAUGUCAUUUAUAAGUUUAAAGUUACCUAAAUGAUCUUUAGGUAAUAUAUCAUUUCAAGAUUGGCUUAAGCACUUUAAAACUCUGUAAAACCUUCUGUUAAUCUCAAACAGAAUUUUAUACGUUGAACCUAAUAUUACUAAUGCUAUUUUAGAUAGACCCUUCACUCUUGGUGAGUUUAAAGCGGGUUAGGGUAACUCCAAAAAUAACAAGGCACCAGGAAGUGAUAGGAUCCCUUAUAAAUUUUACAAGUAUGCUCCCAAAUUCUUUUUAAAUAUUUUAUUGGCUACAUUUGUAUUCAAUUUUGUGGCUAAUUUAGUAAGCUUUAAUUUUGUAUAGAACACCCUUGUCACUAAGACACAUAACUAUGCUCAAUAACUAUUGCGAUAUAACCUAGAAAUUGAAAAAAAAAAUUAUGUUUUGGAUGACCUUCAGUGCCACACUCCACUCCUAGGAGGGGGACUUUUAGUAUGAUCACUUUCUAAUAAGUCUUACCAAAAUAAAAAAAAUUGUUCCUUUCAUUUCUCUCUAUAAUAAUUUUUUUUACUGGUCAAAUUGAGGUUUUUUAUCUCAUUACUCUCAGGAUGUCAAUUUAUAAAACUUUCCUGCUGUUCUACAUAUACUUGCAUCAUUCUUUAGUUAAACAAAAUUUAGUAGUAUCAUUAGUGUUUAUGAAGGUUCAGUUUUCAGUUUUUAUUUAUUAAAUUGUAUUUUUUGAAAUUCAUGAAUUAAUCUUUUUUUUUAUGUACGUUUAUUUAUUUUUCCAUUUUCUUAGAAAUGAAAACUUGCCCAAUUGUAUUUUUGUAGUUCAGUAAUAUUACUUAUAGCCAUUUUCAAAAAUUUUCUCUGGUGAUUUCCCUCUAUCAUUAAAUUGUUAUAAAUAUUUUAUAAAAAAGAGGAAUAAUAAAUUGUUUCUAAACAA